AUGUCUCUCUCUCUCUCAAUCUCUCUCUCUCUCUCAUUCAUUCUUUCUUUCUUUCUUGCAUUCAUUCUUUCUUUCUUUCUUUCUUUGCAAUUCCAAUGUUGUUUGUUUCAUUGCUAUCUCUGGCCGAAUUCCCUGAGGCGAACACAUGUUGGUAAAAGAUGGAACCGCCUCCGUUUGACGCGGAACCAAUGUCGAGAAUCUUACCGGAAAGGGUCUCCUGGCGCCAGACACUCAUCGUCGGCGAGUGGAGAAUUCAACAGAUGGUCACUUUAUUUGGCAUUCUUUCCAAUUUCGUUUCCAUUUAUCUUCUUUAUUCUUUCUUUUUCUCAUUUAUUUUCAUCUUCGUUUAUUUCCUUUCUAUUUAAAUAUCAGGCUUCCUUAACCUCACAUUUCUUUUUCUUUUUCCCUUUUUUACUUUCUUCUUCUUCUUCUUCUUCUUCUUCUUCUUCUUCUUCUUCUUCUUCUUCUCACUCUCCCCCAAUCUCUCACUCCCUUUCUCUCUCUCAAUUUUACUCUCUCAACGCCUCUCAAAGAAUUUCGAUUUAUCUCUCUCUCUCUCUCUAUCUAUCUAUCUUUCUAUCAAUCUUUCUCACAGUCUCUCUCAAUCUCGCUCAAUCUCUCUCAGUCUCUCUCACUAUCUGCCAAUCUUUCUCUCUCUCUCACUCUCUCUAUCUAUCUAUCUAUCUAUCUAUCUCCAUCUCUCAAAGAAUUUCGAAUUAG